UGGAGAUUCUUUGAAAUCUCAGACUGGUUGCGUUACCUGGUGGUGGAACUGGACAACAACACGGCGUAAUAUUGUCAGCCACCAAAAAAACGAAACAAUACCAGUCCUGCAAAUAUAAACGACAUACUGAACACUGAUGCGCCUAAACUAAAUUUACAGUAAUUGUUGUUAAAUUAAAGAAUAUAUUGUAUCUCCUGCCUGUGCAAUUUCAUAUAGAGGAAGCGCGGCCUGGUACUAGACGAGCGAAGUUGCUGCAGCCUCGGGAUCGGGUGGAAAUUAUAGUCGGUCUCUCAAGCAUCUGCUUCUGUGGAGUCUGUCAGCGGGCCGCGGGCUCUGAGAACCGGCCCUAUGAAUGAGGAAGUGGCACGAUAGAUCCUCAGGUAGAAAAGAGAUUGCUGAUGGGAGAAACCUAUUUUCCUUAAGCCUGGGUCAGUCAGCCUGCUGCCAGUAUGGAUGAGCAGCAAGCGUUGAACUCGAUCAUGCAGGAUCUGGCUGAGUUGCACAGGGCCAGCCGCCCCGCCAUGUCUCUGUCUGACAUUGGAAAACCCAAAGCCUCUUCUCCCAAAAAUCAGAAUGGUGUCAGAGUGAAGUUUGACUAUAGAGGUGAAAAGAGAAUUCUGCAGUUCCACCGCCCAGUGAAACUAGAGGACCUCUUUUCAAAGGCUAAGGUGGCAUUUGGUCAAUCAAUGGACCUACAUUACACAAACAAUGAGCUUGUGAUACCCCUAACCACACAGGAUGACCUGGAUAAAGCAGUGGAGCUGCUGGAUCGCAGUGUUCACAUGAAGAGUCUGAAGAUACUUCUGGUGUUGCAAGGAAACAAUCAGGUUUCAACCAGUAAUAUGGAAUUGGAUGACUUGGAUAAUACAGUGUUUGGAAGUUCUGAGAAGAAAAAAAAACAUCCUUUAACAGGCACUCACUCCACAGACCGCAGCUCACCCCCUCCAGGGUACGUACCAGAUGCCCAGCAGCAAGUAGCCCACAAUGGAUCUUUCACCAGCAUCAACAGCGAAGGGGAGUUUAUUCCAGAAAGCAUGGACCAGAUGUUGGAUCCUCUAUCAAUGAGCAGCCCUGAAAAUUCAGCAUCAGGAAGCUGCCCUUCACUAGACAGUCCUUUGGACAGUGAGAGUUACCCCAAAUCCCGAAUGCCCAGGGCCCAGAGCUAUCCUGAUAAUCAUCAAGAACUCUCAGAUUACGAAAUUCCUGUAUUUGAGAAGUUUGGAAAAGGUGGGACAUAUCCACGUCGAUACCAUAUCUCAUUCCAUCAUCAGGAUUACAGUGACGGCCGUAAGACGUUCCCUCGUGCUCGCCGGACCCAGGGAAACAGUUUUCGUUCACCAGUGAGUUUCAGCCCGACAGACCACUCACUCAGCACCAGCAGUGGGAGCAGCAUCUUCAGUCCCGAGUUUGAGGAGAGUCGGAGCAGGAGGAGGGGCAGUGACAUUGAAAGCAACCCCACACUCACUGUCAUGGAUAUCAGCCCACCCAGCCGCUCUCCAAGAGCUCCUAUCAACUGGCGACUAGGGAAACUGCUUGGCCAAGGUGCCUUUGGGAGAGUGUACUUGUGCUAUGAUGCCGAUACUGGUAGGGAGCUGGCAGUAAAACAGGUGCAGUUUGAUCCUGACAGCCCAGAAACAAGCAAGGAGGUGAGCGCCUUGGAAUGUGAGAUCCAGCUGCUGAAGAAUCUGUUCCAUGAGAGAAUUGUUCAGUACUACGGUUGCUUGAGGGACACUCAGGAAAGGACCCUCUCCAUUUUCAUGGAGUACAUGCCAGGGGGAUCUAUAAAGGACCAGUUGAAGGCCUAUGGUGCACUUACAGAAAAUGUGACUCGGAAAUAUACACGACAGAUCCUGGAGGGUGUGUCUUAUCUACACAGCAACAUGAUUGUACACCGGGAUAUCAAAGGAGCAAAUAUCCUGAGGGACUCUGCAGGAAACGUCAAGCUUGGUGAUUUUGGAGCUAGCCGGCGACUCCAGACCAUCUGCCUAUCUGGGACGGGGAUAAAAUCAGUCACUGGCACCCCCUACUGGAUGAGCCCUGAAGUGAUUAGUGGAGAGGGCUACGGGAGGAAGGCAGACAUCUGGAGUGUGGGCUGCACCGUGGUAGAGAUGCUGACGCAGAGGCCUCCUUGGGCAGAGUUUGAAGCCAUGGCUGCUAUCUUUAAAAUCGCCACCCAGCCAACCAACCCACAGCUGCCACCCCAUGUCUCGGAUCAUUGCCGAGACUUCCUCAAACACAUUUUUGUGGAGGCAAAGCUGCGUCCAUCUGCAGAAGACCUGCUGCGGCACACCUUUGUGCACUAGCACCCCCUGCCCCCCUCUCACCCCUGGUCUCUUGCUUUUGACAGCACUUUUAUAAUAUAGUGUUGGGUGAGCUUGCAUGGAUUUAAUGCUAAAAACUGUUGAAAACUGGAUAUUUGCAAGACUAGCUUUCUUUCAGGAUACAUCACGAAAAAAGGAUGGCCUCUAUUAUAAAACUGGUGUGUGUGUGUGUGUGUGUGUGUGUGUGUGUGUGUGUGUGUUCACUGCAUUCGGUAUAUGUUAAGCCAGUGGAUUCUGCUGAUUUCACUCAUAGUGACCAAUAGCUCUAACAACUUAACUAAAGUUUUGUUUUAUUACAAUAUAUAAGAAUACAAAUAAGUGUUUUUAUUAUUUACAAUUUUAAUUUCCAGUUAGAAAUAAUGUGAUUUGGUAGUGGAAUGUCUUCUGAAGCACAUUUUGAUAUGCAAAAAUGGAUAGUAAAUGUAAGGAAUUAUUUCUUUCAAGAAGACGUUCUUUAUUUUUUCUUUUAGUUUUACAAUAGAACAUAUAGCAAAUCAAGUUACAUAAGGAAAUAAUAAAAAAUGUGUGGUACAAAUGCUGGGCAGAGUUAAAUAACUAGAAGGAAUUUGGGAGUGGUUUUGAGAUGCUGUUUCUUCCUCAGUAGCGCUGUAAAUAUAUAUGUGUUGUAAAUAUAUAUAUUUUUUAUUUCAAACUUUGCCCAUUUCUAACAACACUUGUUUGACUUGACUAGGUCUGGCCUAGGUUGCAAUUUAUUAUCUUGAAGUUUUAUAUUUAGAGAAGAAAAAUGUAAUGUUUUUGUUUCCAAAUUGGAAUAAUCAGAAACUUUGUAGCGUUCACCUAUUAGUCCCACAGACUGAAAGCACUUUAUUGCAUGCAUUGUCCUUGUUUUUUAAGGAGCGGUUUGAACAGUUGUAUGCCACAUUUUCAUCUGCAGUUUAAUUUGCUGCCUUGUUCUAUAUUACACUUUUCCUAGGUCCCUUUUUCAUCUGCACAGAGUAUGAUAUCCUGGCAUGUAAAGAAUGUCACAGGGCAGAAAAUGCACGCAUGUAUAGUUUUAAUUUCCCAAUCUCAAUGCCUUCAAUUAGCAUAAUCAAUAAAUGCUCCGGCCAUGUUUUGGAUUAACUCCUGUUGGGAAUGAUGACUGCAGGUGUAAACAUACAAACUCAAGUAUGGCAUUAGUAGUAUGAAUUAUGGAUCUGUGGAUUAAAACAAAGCCAACUGUUUAGGGUACAGCAAAACUUUCAAUUAAGAUGGGAGGGCAGGUUUAAUGCCAGAAGUUUUGUAGACCUAAAGCCUGUUAAUUGCAAGCUCGACUUUUUUAAUUAAGACAUUUGCUUCCAGUUUAUAGUUUAGGCAAAUGUAAUUUCAUAUACAGUAAGUGCUCAUUGAAAGGUUCAAGUUUGACAUCACUGGAGUCGCAAAUAAUUGCGAUCUGGAAUUUAACCAACUUAUAGGUGAAAAGUGUCCUGGUCCAUGGCAGGUUCCCAGUGUUUUGCCCUUGAUUGUAAAGAUUUUUGUUGUUAUUGUUGCUUCAAAAUACAACACAAUAUUUGGCAUUGAUUCAAAAGUUUUUUAAUAUUUACUGCUGUGGAUUAAAAUAAUAAAAAAAAAAUUGUAGGAUCACAAUUUCCUUUUCUGAGAAGGAAUUUGUUUUCUUUAUGAAUACUGCUUCCUGUUUAUGAUGCAGGUUAACCAGCGAUAAAGGACUGAAAGUGAGUUCAGUCCUUUUCAUUCUUAGUUUCAGUGCUGGAGUACAUUUCUAUGAACUCAACUUGAGCAUAUCAAUCUGUACAUCCUGGCCAAUGCAAAUGUUUUCUCAUGAUAUCUUCCAAAUGUACUUGGGAACGCUUAAUCCUGUAUUUU